AUGUCUGAAAGUGAAAAUAUUAAAAACAUGCGGCAUUUGAUAAAAAUAUUUGAAGCGCGAGCCAAUAUCGAGGGCGCGUGUACGAAUGAAUCAACGGAUGCAGAAUUUGCACAAAACGACGGCAGUGAAAACGAGCAGUUAGCGGCAUCUAAUAACCCGGCCGCGGAGUUCGAAGCUUUGAUCGAGCGUCUGGAGCGAGUGACAGCGCGUCUGGAGCGUCUACCGGUGCUCCGCACGCAAACGUCGACACCUCCUCAUUCGCCAGCAACCGCCACGCCUACGCCCGCACAACAUACCCAAAUUGAGAUUUCUGUAGUAGACAGUAUGAGUGUAAACGGAUACCAGGAUCUGAUACAGGGUCCCCUGCGGGCGUACCUCGAGCUGUCUCAGCAGAUCGGCGGAGAUGUCGCCACGCAUGCCAACCUUGUCAACGAGGCUUUCCAGGCACAGCUUCGCUACAUACAAUUGGCGGCAUCUAGGAGCAAGCCGUCGCAAGCCGAAGAGAUGCAACUGUUGUCUCCGACCAGCGAUAAAAUUUCUGCCAUACAACAGUUCCGAGAGAAAAAUCGAGUCUCUUCCUUCUUCAAUCACCUAUCGGCGAUCUCUGAAAGUAUUCCUGCUCUUGGUUGGGUGGCGAUAUCACCAACUCCCGCACCCUACGUGAAAGAAAUGAACGACGCCGGACAGUUCUACACUAACCGUGUUCUAAAGGAGUGGAAAGAGAAGGACAAGAGACACGUGGAAUGGUGCCGCGCUUGGGUACAACUCUUGUCUGAUCUUCAAGCCUACGUAAAGCAGCAUCAUACGACUGGCCUUGUGUGGUCUGGCUCGGGCGCGGGUGCGGGCGCCCCGCCGCCACCGCCAGCCGGUGGGCUGCCGCCGCCGCCGCCUGUGCUGCCGGAGGCUGACUUCUCCAACAUGUCCAUUGACGACCGCAGCGCCCUCUUCGCGGAGAUCAACCAGGGCGAAGGCAUCACUAGCCACUUGCGCAGAGUGACAGCGGACAUGCAGACGCACAAGAACCCGACGCUGCGGCAGGGCCCGGCGCCGUUCAAGGCCGCGCAUCAGGCGCCCGCCGCGCCCGCCAAGCCGCUGCCGCAACCCGGCGCCGGCAAGCUCGACAAGCCACCCGUCUUCACGCGUGACGGCAAGAAGUGGCUCAUCGAGUAUCAAAAGGGCAACUCCAACUUGGUGGUUGAGAACGCCGAUAUGAACAACGUGGUGUAUAUGUACCGGUGCCGCGACUCGGCGCUCACGGUCCGCGGCAAGAUCAAUGGCGUGGUCCUGGACUCGUGCACUAAGUGCGCCGUCGUCUUCGAUCACCUCGUCGCCAGCGUCGAGUUCGUCAAUUGUCAGUCCGUGCAGAUGCAGGUUUUGGGCAAGGUACCUACCAUCUCGAUAGACAAGACGGACGGCUGCCAGAUAUACUUGUCGCCGGAGUCGCUUGACGUCGAGAUCGUCAGCUCCAAGUCCUCCGAGAUGAAUGUGCUCGUGCCCAAGGGCAACGGGGAUUAUACCGAGUACCCGAUACCGGAACAGUUCAAGACGGUAGUGAACAAGCCGCCCACCGGUCUCACCACGUCGCCCGUAGAGAACAAGGGCUAA